UAUACGUAGAUAUUAUUAUUUAUUGCUGUAGUUUGAAACUUUGAAAUGAAUCUUGUUUGUCUUGUUACGUGUGUGCUGGUUUUGAUUUUUUGAACUGGGCCUCUGGUAUAUCAGAUUUUGUGACGGCAAGAGACCUUCCUAUGGGUGAAGUCCAUAAUCUCAUUAUCCUGUGAUAAGUGCUGGAUGAUAACCAAAAUGUCUUCUCUCUUUGGAUGGCGCACUGCGUCCCAGCACACCCAGUUGUUACGAGCGCUUCCUUUGCGGACACGCAUAUAUCGCAGCAUAAACCUUAAUGUAAGAGAUAAUGCUGCUAGAAAAAGCUUUGUGAAGCAUUGGGUUCGAGUGCUGUACGCAGUAUUUGGAGCAGCAGUGGCCAAAUGUGUUUAUGACCACAGAGAGCAAGCCAGAACUCAGAAAUCCAGAAAACUCAGGUUGAACACUUCAGCGCCAUUUACACCUGUAAUUCGUUUCGAAUGCACAAUUCCGUCGCUUGUAACCCAAUUCCGGACAUACGACAGUUUCGGAAGUUUUAUUGGACUUUUGAAGGGACAUUCUGAUCUCUUCGAUUUCAAUUUGUCCGACCCGGCAGGAUUAUGGCGACAGCAAAGACCGUUUUCGUAUUCGGUUUCCUUCAAACCGCUGCUUGUGCACAGUGUAGCUGCAAGAUCGGACGCCGGUAGCCGUUCCGCAAGUUUCCCGUCGGAAACUGUGGAUGACCAGAUAGCAUCGUUGGAAAGCGAAUUAUUAAAAGAGCAGCUGCGGUAUCAGCAGAGCAUUUUCAAGCUGGAAAAAGAGAACCAAGAACUUCGCCGACAAAUUUUAUUGCGACAGGAAGGGAGAGAUAUGAUGUCGCGCAAGCUAAAAAGAAACCCAAUUGAAAUGUACAGCGAAGUGCUGGACGAAGUCAUUGAUUUGCGAAAUACCUUCGAUACGCAGAUUAGUCUGCCGCAGAUCGUCAUUGUUGGAGACACAAAUUCUGGCAAGAGUAGCUUGUUGGAAAUGUUGCUGAGGACACGUAUUUUUCCGAGGAAUGAAUAUAAGCCGCAAGUUCCUGUUAAAUUCACGCUAUGUGAGGGCCCAUACCAUUUAGCGCAGUUUAACGAUACCGACCGGGAAUUCGAUUUGGAAAACGGAUCUGAUAUCGAGGAAUUACGCAAGGAACUGGAAUUGCGCGUGAAAUCUGUCGCUAAUUCCGAUGCACCUGCCUCGGUGGUGUCCCUAACAAUCUGGGGUCCAAACUUAAGCCGAAUGGUUAUUGUCGAUCUGCCGGCAUUACCUCUGGGAAUCUAUAAUGAUCCGGUGGCGACGGUUUCUGAAACCACCCGAGAAUUUUGUUACAAUCUUUUGCGGAGUCCGCAGACUUUGCUCUUGUGUACAAUUGAUGCGUCGCGUGAUUCGCCCUACAGUCGAGCCGUCGAACUUGUAAAGGACUUCGAUUCCGACGGUGUACGGUCGGUGUUUGUGUUGACCAAAACCGAUUUAGUGGAAACUAGUUUGGCCGACCCAGAAAAGAUUCGGCGAGUUACCGAUGGCUCAUUAUUUCCGCUCAAAGGAUCGGGUUUUUAUGUUGCGGUGCCUGCAAGAGGAUCAAAAACAGAGCCGAUAGAAGAUGUCGAAGCCUUCGAGAAAAAGUUUUUUUCCGAAUCGAGCUUGUUCAGAUCGGAUUCGUUGAAGUCCACUACUUGCACAGUGAAGAACAUGAGUGCAGGAAUUGCUGACUUGUUCUGGCAGUUUGUGAAAAACUCCCUACGCUAUCAGAUCGAUUUCCUCAAAGCCCGCAAAGCUGCGCUGGAGAAAGACUGGAAGACUAAAUUUUAUAAGGCACGCGUUUUGGACCGGGAUGAAUUAUACGAAACAGGGCGCAUGCAACUGCUUGACGAUGUUGCAAAGCUGAACAGUGUUCCAUCCUCAACUUGGGAAACAGAAUUUGAAGAGAAUUUAUGGAAUUCUGUGGCGGAUUACAUAUUUGAUAACGUUUACGUACCGAUUGCAACUGGAUCAAGCAAGACUGAUUUCCGAGUUGCGACUGAUCUGAGACUGAAAGCAUGGGCGGAUGGAAUGUUUCCUUUGCGAGCUGUCGAUGUUGCCGGUUCCACAUUAUUCGGAAAGUUCAAACACAUUAUCAGCCGAAGGAAAAGCACCAAAGAGCAUGACGAUAUCUACGAUAAUUUUAAAGAAACCAUACUGGAACAGGCAAAGAAAACGCAUCAGUGGGACACCAGGGCUCGUGAAAAUUUGCGCUCUGCCUUGGUUAACACAUGUGAAGCGCCAUAUGUGAUCACUCCUGAUGACUGGAAUAUUGCCGUCCGAUUUAUGGAACAGGCUUGUUCUGACCGCUUGAUCGAGGUGCAGACCAAAAUUCAGGAAUUUUCGGGUCCAUCAUCGUGGGAACGAUUGUUCCUUUUCCGUUUACAAACACAAGAGCACCGUCAUCGCCGAGCCGUCAUGGAUCAGCUGGAAAAGCUGAUACUACCGAAUGAUGAGGAUGUGGCACGCAGCCCUGAGCUAUCGAAGGACGAAGUGAAUGUGAUACAAAAGACUCUCGAGUCGGCAAAUAUAAAAGUGGACGGCAUGUUCAUUCGGGAGACAUGGCGCUACUUGUUCUUGUCGCGUUUCCUGGAGCAGGCGGUACAAAAAGUGGCCCUCUGUGGAGAGGUUGUCGAUACUGAUGAUGGGGAUCAUUUGACGCACAAGGGUGAUUGCUCAGACGUGGAGUUAUUUUAUCGCGUAAAGCGGAUGAUCCGAACAGCAAGUGUCGCACUACGCCAGCAGCUUGCCACCACUGAAUUGGGGCGCCUGGAGAGUGAGGUUAGGCAAAUACUUGACGGAUUGGAACGGGAUCCGGUUAGGAUUAAACAGUACUUUAACCAUGCCAGGAUUGGCUUAGCCGAAGAAUUAAAAAAGAUUACAACAAUUCAAGAAAAGCUGGAGGAUUUGCAGAAGCUUCUGGAAGAAGAAGAACCGAUUCAUUCACGUGGGAGCUUUUCAGCCGAUGACAAUGCAUGAUACGUGUGCAUUUGGUUUCUUGCUAGUCCAAUGUGUGCCAGCUCAGUGGUUUGGUUUUUAUUUUGUUAACGGCUAUUACCUUUGCCUUAAUCAUGAUUAACCCUAGCAAGCCUGUAAAGAUGUUUUACUAAGUGCGUUUGGCUUGUGAUAAUGAUGUCUUUUGUGGUGUUUGUGUGGAGUUCAGAUGUGGCGGAUUAAACACGCGAACAUAAUCAAAAGCGGGAAACAGCGAGCGCUGGCUGAAAGCGACGAUAUCCCGCCGUGCGCGGAACAUGAUGCCGGUAGUGUAUCGGUUAAUCCUGCGGACAAAAAGUCGGCUUUAUGCACAAGGAGACCUGAAUAUCGGUGAAUUAGCGUGCUGGGAAAGUGGAAACCAAUAGACAUCGGUAUGUCUUUUCUGGUGUAAUCUUUCGGAAAGAAAAGGCUACCUCCUGGAGUGUGGCUCGUAAUUGCUGCAGUUGGGACGAUUGCAUAUAGACUCACAUACGGCGUUGGAUGCGAGGAUACCGACAGAUUUUACAGAUAUCACUAAUUUUCCGGUUGCCGCCGAGACGCUGUAAUCCUCCUGUCUUCUUUGAAAUUCCAAGACAAUCCAGUAAUCCUGCAAAACGAAGCUUUUGCCUUUAAAUGGCAAAUAUAAUAAACACAAAGCCUAGGAUCGUUUUCACAUAAUCUUCGCUGUAAUA